AUGAGAAGAAGAAAUCAACGAACGAAAGCGAUCGAAACCCUAAAGAAGACCGAUCUGCAAUUCCCUGAUCCAUCGAGCUCUCGAGCACAUUCAGAUUUGAAACGUACGAGAAAGGUGACUUUCAACGAUGUUGAUCAUCGGACGCUUGAUGCUAAGACCUCGGAGUUUGCUUUCUUUAAGAAGCUUAAGUCUGGUUUUGGUCUCUCCUCUGAGUCUUCUAACUCUAAAUCAUCUACCAAAAUCGAACAAAAUCCGAAUACCUUCGAAUCCAGAGAGUAUGCAGGAACGGACCGUGAAGCUAAAGAUAGAUGCAAGAGCUAUAGCUUCUCCACACCUAUUCAUACUACCAGAGGUGGUUCAUGUGGCUUGUCGAUGUCUCAUGCCAACUUGACUCAAAGGGAUAAAGAAAAAUCUUCUUCAGCAUUCAGUAGAGAUAAGGACACAGUUCGAAGUGGUAACAACCUGAGAUCUGGAGGAAUCGGUGACGAGAAAGGAGACUUAUUCUCUGUAAAGAGGAAGAGACUGCAUCAGUGGGUCAAAGAUACAUGGUUUCCUGAAAUCCCUGAGCUUACUUCAAACGGGCACGUUUUAGUUUCUGUUCUCCUAACUCGGCUGUUCCCUGGAACCGCGGAAACACAUCCUUCCAGGUUUUCCACGGAGAGGACGGAUAGAGUCAAAAGAAGAACGUUUGUUGAUUCUCCUGGAUCAAAGUUUCGUAAGAGGUACCAUGAAAGGUAUACAGAAGUUGAUGACAGUCUGCAAAUGGAAAAGGGCAGAUCGAUUUAUUGGCCGGGAUGGCUGGAAAAUAGCAUUAAACCGAGUCUGCAGUUUGCAACAGAUCAUGUUCACAGCAGUUUCAUCCCAAGAGAUAACUAUUCCAUCUCAUAUCCUAAGGAAUCGGUUUAUAGACCUCCAUUGUUGAAACAGAAGGCGUCGUCCCUGUCGUUUCCUGUUGAAGAAACUCGUGAAUGUUCUCCCAUAUCUAGCCUCCAUUUCAGAAACCACAAGCCUCUUUCACUGGAUUAUCACAUUGAAGAAAGUGAAUACAGCUCAGAGGACUUAUCACAUGAUCAUAGAGAGCCUUCAUCUGCAUUACUUCUCGAGUGGAAUACUGAAACCGCAAGCACCAGAAAGACCAAUGAUUUGCCACUAAGUUAUCACACAGAAGUCAUCACGUAUCCAAAUGCAUCAUCAUCAUCUUUGACUGAUAAUCCAUGGAGCUCUGAUUAUUCUUCGUCCCAUGAUUUGGUUACCAAAGUGCUGUACCCUUUACCUCUGCCCUCUCAUUACAUUUCAGACAGUUUCCUCUUACCAACUACAAACCAAACCAGCUAUUUUGAGCAUGAACUCGAGAGGCAUAUGAUUGAUGACGAAGAUGUGGCUGCUGCAAACCCGAAUCUCCAGACAUUUCAUCACACAUAUAGCUCAGAUUGUUUAACCAGAGACUACACAUACUAUCAUAAUCUAUCCAACUCUCCAGUGGAUCAUUCCCCUUUUAAAGUCCCCGGAUGUGAAAUUGUGUCCUAUCCGUUUUCCAGCAUCAGCGAUUCAAAUUUGUUGGAAGUGUCAAGUCCUACACAUAGCGAUCGGUUUAAGUCUUAUGAUUGGAUACCCUUUAAAUUUCAGUCACCUCAAGGUUGGAUUGAUUCAUAG